GUGUAAAUAUUGUCGCUCCUCCUCCUCCUUCUCUUCCUCCUUGUAGAAUAUAACCUUCUUAAAAGCACAGAUUGUUUUAUUUUUGUCUGGAUAGUCCCACUGCUUAGUCCAGUGACUGGCACAUGAAUUCAAUUGAAUUAAAAAUAAUUUACCUUUAAUUACAAACCAAGUCUACCCUUCCAGAGAAUACAGAGGGGAAAGUGUGGAAUUAGUAAUGUGGAGAAAAGAAGAGAAGAUGGAAUUUAUAAGAAAUGUCAAGAAUUAUGAUGAUAGGAGAUGGGAGAAGAGAUAUCAAAAUGAGAACCUAAGUUUCCUUUUCUAUUCUCUAUUCUAUUUUAUCCUUUCCUGUGCUCCAUCUUCACAUCUCCCCUAUCAUUCUGUAUACUUCAUUUCUCACAUUCAAAUUUCCCACAUCUCAUCAUAAUCUUAUAAUUCUUCUUCUUAAUAGUCCAUCAUCUCCUUUAAUUUCUUCUGUAUUGCUAAAAAAGAGACCAGUUAGGAUAGAGUAGGAAAAAUUGUGGUCCCUUUUUCAGAAAGGUCAUAUAAAAUGUAUAGUCAUUUGCAGUUUUCAGUCUUUUCAAAGUGUCUUCACAUCUACUAUCUCAUUUUAACCACACACAAAUCUCUGCGGAAUGAAUUGGGUGAGGAUCAUGGGAGCACAGUUUACGAGCUGGAAGGGACCUUAGUGGUCAUCUUGUCCAACAUUCUUCCUUUCAUACGUGAGAAAACGGAUUGUCAGAGAGGAGGAAAUGGUUUGCUCAGUCUCACAAAGGUAGUCAAUUAUUCUCUGAAAACUCGGGCUUGAGGCCUGAGGAGUUCGCAGCUUUCUACAGAAACUUGGGGUUAUUAGUGGAGUAAUACUAAAAGUUCCCUAACUUCUAGGUCGGGGCUCACAAGAUCUCACAAGCCGGAACUACACCCAAGUUGCAAGGUUGCUACAUCUGAUUCCUAUCCCUUUCUCAUUCUUGUUCACUAUCUCUUUUCUUUCCGCCUCCCUUUUCCAAUAAGCCUCCUCCCUCUUCCUCUUUUGUCUCCAGGGUUCCCCAUUCCCAAAUGGACCCCCUUCGUGGGCUCCUUAGCUCGGCACUUGCCAACCAAUCAACAAGUCCCCAAGUUCUUUCAGCAGUCCGUCCUCCUCCCCACCGUCUCUUUCCUUUCCUAAGUUUCCAUGGAGAUAGGAAAAGCAAGGGUUGCUUCGAUGUCCGGGAGGGGGAGGGAAUCGGAUUUACUAUUGUCUGUUACAAGAAGAGCAGACAUAAACGGAGAGAAGAAGCAAAUAGACACGCAGUAGUGGAACGGGAAAAAAGAAAAACUAGCAGAAACAAGCAGGUGACGAUAACAGGAACAGAAUGAGGUGAUUUGUGUAAGUAUACGGUGACAGUAGAGAUAGGAAGAAUGAGUAAGAACGGGAUGCACAGCAUUUUCUACCUCUACUGGGUUUUUUGUUUGUUUGUCUGUAGCCUUGGGACCCGAUGGCCUGAAGGGUCGAACCAAUUUCCGUGGAAGAAUCAAGGUAUGAACUAUACCCCAUCAUCACCUUUCCACUUCCAAACCAAGAAUUCUGUCUGUGUCUCUGUUUCUGUCCCUCUGUCUGACCCUCAGUCUCUGUGGUCGUCCUCCUCUUCCUUCUCCUGUCUCUCCCUCCCCUUCUCAGAAUUUACAGUGAGCAAUGGACCCCUCCCCUUGCCGCCUCUCCGCUCUCUGUUAGGUCCGCAAGCCUACUUGGUAGAAACUCCGGAUGGGAGUUUGGGGCGUCAUCUCUUGUAUUGUUUCCGUUAGGGACUGCAUGAGCGUUGCUGAUAAUCAGCAUAGGCACCAAUCCCUGAAAUGGGCUAACGAUUCUAGAGCUUGAAGCAGAGUAAGAAAGCCCAGCAGGCAGAUGAGAUAGACCUCGGGCGCUUAGCCUGCACUGCAUGAGAAAAUUGCAAAAAGCAAUGGAGAAUGAGCACAAAUCACCUUGUCUCCUUUCCUUCUUGUUUCCGCUUUUCUGUUUUCUGUUUCUAGGAAGGCGAGGGGUCCUCACCAAAUGACUGAGGCGGUCCCACACACUUUAUGUCAGGGGUUCUUAACCUUUUUGCGUCACAGUCCCCUUGGGCAGUCUGCCGAAGCCCUUUUCAGAAUAGUAUCUUUAAAAAUAAAAUAAAAUGCAUAUGAUCACAAAGGAAAUCAAUUCUAUUGAAUAGUUAUCACUGAUUUUUUUUUUAAGUUCACAGACCUCAAGUUAAGAACUCUUGCCUUUGGUGAUAGGAGCCAGCUCCUGUGUGAGCCAGUAGGACUGAACCUCCCUACCUGGAAGACAAAGCGGCAGGUUAUUGCUGCUGCCUCUAUUCCCUAGGGACCCUUUGUUGUGGAGUACAGUGAAACCCAGGCAUGAUGGGAUGAGGGAGAUCCCUGAAGAGCCAAGGAAAGGUAGCAUCGAAAGACUGCCCGCUUUUUCCUCUUUACUGCACUGUAAACUAAUAGGUAUUGGCUGAGGGGAGGGCUUUGGCAGCAUUGCCCUAGCCCUUAGGUUCUCCCUUUUCCCAAAGGCAACCGUGGAGAACCCAGAGAGUUUGCAAGCAGUCAACGAUUGUGUGUUUGACAGAGGCGGGAAGGAGGAUGCCAUGUGUCUAGCAUUUGGCAGUUUGUGCAGCACUUACCCAUUCAGUGCAUCAGCUCAUCUUUACAAGAGCCCUCUAAGUUCAUCAUUCCCCUGAUGUCAGGAGAAAAACAAAUUGGAUUCUUCGAUAUGAAUGUUGAUGUUCUACAUGGUUCCCUGGUUCUAUCCCAUUUUGAAAGCCUGGAAAUUCCUGUCAACCAGAGCCCUAAAAAGCCAGCUUUUGCAGCUCACAUUGCCUAUCACCCUUUACAUGUUAUCUGAAGAACAAAGAUCAUUUGGCUGUUCCUCUGACUUUCUGUCUUGUGGAAAAAACACUUGUGGCUAGUCAUGGAAUCACUUGGAGCUUGCAGAACACAUCCUGAGCUUUGGUUUAAGCACCACUGGCUUCUCUAACCUUUGUAGUCAUUGUGGCAACUUCAGUGCUGAACAAUUUUUCCACUAUAAAGGGAGUGGCCCCAGAUGGAUGGCCACUGGGAUGCACCCCCUACCAAUCCCUCAGUAAAGAUGUCUAAUCUAUGUAGUUCCACUGCUCCCCUUUGUGCCAAGGUUUCCCCUUGGCUCUUCCUUCCUAUUGACAAGCAGAUGAUGCUUGGAGAUGUACGGCAAGAGGUAAAGGAAAAGCUUCGGGAACAUAGUGCCAAGGUGGUACCUGAGAAUAGGAGACCACUUUGUCCACUAAUGCUUUAUGAUGGACCUGAGAAGCCUCAGAACAGUAAUUGUGAAGACAAGGAUUCUUCCCACUCUAGACCUGUCGCCUUUCCUAGACCCAGCCUGUUCCAUUCACUCCCCAGCCCAAAGGACAUCAAGCAGGAAGCAAGGCGGAGACUACAGCUCCAUAGACAGAACAGCUCCCCUAAUCUUGCCCUUUACCAUCUAAGACAAGGCUUAGAUAUGAUCAAACACAGGACCACAGACUCUAGGGAAACCAGGAGACUAGAAUUGGAAAGAAAAGUUCACCUCAAGGGCCAACUCUACAUCCCAACUUUUGAGGAGUUCAAGAAGAUGAAACAGAAGUUGCCGGACCCAUCUCCAGAACCCCCCAAACAAAGAGCACUUGAGGAGCUCCAAAGCCUUCAGGAGAGUACUAAGAACAAAAAUCCUCAUAUUUUUAAGGAGCCUUCUCUGUUCUCUAUAGCUAUGGGCCAUCCAGUUUCAGAAAUGAAUAAGUGCAGUAGAGGAUUGUGUUGUCUCAACUCCAACCAGGACCUUCCCUCACCAAACCACCUUAUUUCUCACAACAAUAUUUGCCUUCCCAGAACAACUAAUGAGAACCCAUUUAUUUCACAGAACAUCAAUUCUUGGGAUCCCAGCCCUGAGACCUCCAACUCUGCAGUCCCCAACAGAGAUGACCCCUCAGAUCCUAUCUGUUGCAGCCCAAUUUCCAGGUCUAUAUUGCAGACAGACUCCAACAAAGAAAAGAGCCAGAUAAAAGAGAACAAGGCAGGCAUUCUAGACUUUCAAUGUAUAGUCACCCACAGUUCACGACUGUCUCCAACCUCUGCUGUACCAUCCUGCUGUCCCACCUUGCUGCUUGAGGUUACUGACGUGUCUUGCUGUGGUACCAAACUGAAAAAGAUGAAGGAUGGGAUCAUUGAUUCAGCCCUAGACCUGAUUAAGAAAAGCUGCACCCCCAUUGUUGCUGUCAAAUCUCCAUCAUGGUCACAGGAGCCCCAGGAUGUUGGCUCUACUACUUUGGACAAUAACAGCCGUUUUGUAGAGGCUCCCAUAGCAACACAGAUAUGCUGGAAGGAGAUGAAGGAUAAGAUUGCAAAAGACACUCAUUUGGUGGAAUGGACCUUGAGCUCCAACUGCCAUUGCUCCAGUUUGAAUAAUCCCCUGGAAAGCUCCAAGUCCCCCCAGGAGUGCCAGCCACAGCCUCAUUUUAGUGGCUCAACACCAAUGACAAACAACUGGAAAAAGCAACUGGAGUUGAAGAGUGCUGCCACCAUUCACCAGCACAUGAAGAAAUGGCAGACCAAGAAAAACCCUGAGCUUCCAGGUGUCCCUCAUGGCUGGAAGUUGGAUGAGAACAACUGUUCCCUACCUGCCAAACAGCAUUGGAAUAACAUGGACCAUCUUAGCACAGGCAAUCAAGUAACAGGUUUGUGUGAGGGCCAGGAUGAGAAUGAGCCUUGUGGAGACCAGGAGCCAGGGCCAGCCCUGAGGGCAGGGGCAGCUGAGGCAGAACAAGAGGACCCUGGUCUUGAGUCAGCCCUGGCCCCAAGCUGGCGCAGCCAGGCAUCCACAGUGUCCAACUCCCCAGAAGCACAUUGCACAGACUGCAGGGAGGAGAAAGAAGCCCUGAGCCCAGGGCACAGGAGCCUUUGUGGGCAGUGUACCAAGCUACGCUGGGAAAGAAAACAAGCAGUAUUGGAGUUCAUUCAAACAGAGGCCAGCUACGGGGAGAACCUUCGAGUUAUCAAAGAACAGUUUCAGUUGCCUAUGCAGUCUGCUGGACUCCUGAGCCCUGGACAGCUGCUGGCUGUGUUCAGCAACAUCCAGGAGCUCAUUGAUCUCAAUGAGAAAUUUCUGGAAAGCCUGAAGGAGGAGAUUGCGGAAGCACUGUCACAGGGCGAUGAUGACCUGAUGAAUGUGUGCGUUGGUGGGAUCUUCCUGAAAUAUGUCAACAUGUUGCCUGCUUUCCAGACUUAUUGCCUUCAGCAGGCAUCCUCGAUAAGCACUCUCAGCACCUUGGAGAAGGAAAAGGAGCUACUUCGCAUUUUCCUCCAUGCCUCACAAACUAACAACACAGCACUAAGGCGGAUGAACCUGCGCUCAUUCUUGAUGGCCCCAUUGCAGCGCAUCACCAAAUAUCCCCUUUUGCUGAGUCGAAUCACACAGGCCACAGCUACUUUCCACCCUGACUAUAGCCACCUGUGUGAGGCCACAAGCCACCUAGCCUCUUACCUGGAGCACAUCAAUAGAAAAACAAGACAGGAAGGUAGCCUGCCCUGGGCCCUGCGCCCUUUCCGCCAGGAUGUCUGUCAUCACCACGAGGCCAUUGCUGCCAUUGAUCGCCGGGAGCUGGCACUGAAGACACUAGGCUGGCUGUGGGAAGAGACUCAUUUUGUAAUGGAGGGAGGACUGCAACUGGCUCAGCUUCCUGAUGGUCCUUGGACCAGGAAGGGUAGUCGAACCCUGAAGUUCCAGACUCUGCAGGUGAUCCUCAUGGCCAGGCUACAGAAGUCGGCUGAAAUUGGCUCAAGACAUGGGAGCCUUGGUCAGGGGCCAGUGGGAGAUGCUGCGCUAGUGCUAAUUCGUGACAAGAGUCAUGGUAAACUCAACUUGGUGAGAAGCCCAGUUCGGCUGGGCCAGUGUGUGGUAUCAGCCGACCCUGUUUGCAAGACCUUUGAGCUGCUGGAGAUACAGCAGGGUGCUUUAAUCCUGCGUGAUGAGGACUAUGCCCGUACUCAGCUUUGGCUAUAUCACAUCCGUGUUUAUGCCCGCCAGCUAGGAUCCUGGAAGAGGCGGCGCAAUGCACUCCCCAAUAUCAUGAUCAAUAUUCCCAACCAUCCCUGAUGCUAGGGAUGUCCCCAGUUAGGGGUAGAAGAGAUUAACAGCAUGAUCUCAAUUCUAUUAAUCUUUAAAAUAUAUCUCUUAAGGAAAGAUCUAGGUUAUGCAACCAGGACCCUACUUUCCUUUCUUAGCGAGGGAUUCAUAACCCCUCGGUUGGAGUAUACCUGUCAACACUCCCUACUGAGGUUGCAGAGGGACUCAUUAUUCUGCCUCCACAGGGCUAACAAUAUGAACAAUUUCUUUCUACUUCUUCCGGUUCUUUAUUUCCCCUAUCCUUCUGGUUUCUUUAGUUGACUUUUGGACUCAUUCAUGGAUUUAGUCACUCCACAAAUAUAAUAUGAAGUACUUUGGGAAAAGCAAAUAUUAAUAAAACAUUGUUAUUAGAGGUAUAUAAAUAACUACAAUAUGUAAUGUGAGACUACAAUAAAAGACAUAAAGUCUUCUA